CAUGCCACCUCUAGUUCCCUCAACGAAAUUUUGAAAAACGACAAAAUUCCAAACAAAACAAAUUGCAAACAAAAUUCGGAACGCCAGGAAACCAGUGCCGCUUGCCAUGCAAUGUUAUAAACUGGCCAGCAGGCGCAGCUUAUACAAUGCACGGGUGCUCCAGGCGGAUCACUUGGGUGACCAGUAUCGCAGUCCGGAUCUGGAGGCUGCCCGCCAGAAUGCCCGGAUAGUGGUUAUUGGCGCCGGACUCGCCGGUCUCUCGGCCGCCCAGCAUCUCUUGUCGCACGGCUUCCGACGCACCGUUGUCCUGGAGGCCACCGAUCGCUAUGGCGGGAGGAUUAACACCCAGCGCUUCGGGGACACCUACUGCGAACUGGGGGCCAAGUGGGUCAAGAUCGAUGGGUCACAGGACUCGAUAUACGAACUUCUGCGCAACACCGAAAGUCUGGGCAAGCAGAUAAAGCAGAAGGAGCGACCCACUUAUGUCCAGGUGGAGCAGGAAGGUGGUCCAAUCAAGCCAGCCAUGGUGGAGCUUAUAGAUACCCUGUUCCGGCAGCUCUGCCGUGGCUUUAAGCUCGCCGAUCGGGUUAAAACCGGCGGUGACCUGCACUCGCUGGACAAUGUGAUGAACUACUUUAGAACCGAAAGCGAUCGCAUUAUUGACGCCUCAUUUAAGCUACCAGAGGAUCGGCUAGCCGCACGCGAGAUUUUCCAGUCGCUCUUCAAGGAGUUCGGCAGCAUUCUGGGCUGCUGUCUGGAGUACGUGAACAUCGAGCACAUAACCAAGUGCCCAGUGCAGCCGGAACAGCGUCCACUAUAUGUGCCCACUGGCCUGGAUAACGUGGUAGAUGACCUCAUCCAGCGGCUGGACAAGGAGCAACUGCAGACGGGAAAGCCUGUGGGCCAGAUUCAAUGGACGCCGGCGCCGCUGAAGAGUGUGGGCUGUUUGGAUGGCAGUCUGUACAGCGCGGAUCACAUCAUUUGCACCCUGCCUUUGGGUGUGCUCAAAAGCUUUGCGGGCAUCCUGUUCCGACCCACGCUGCCGCUGGACAAAAUGCUGGCCAUACGCAACCUGGGCUUUGGCAAUCCCCUGAAGAUAUACCUCUCGUACAAGAAGCCCAUUAACCGCUGGCUAAAGAGCAACCUGCGGCCACUGGGUAACGUUCUUAAUCCCGCAUUACAAGAGCAAACGGAACGCAACUGGACACAGCAGGUGGUGGAGAUCAGCCAGGUGCCCAGCAGUCAGCAUGUGCUGGAGGUUCAUGUGGGUGGCGGCUACUACGAGGAGAUUGAAAAGCUGCCCGAUGACAAGCUAUUGGAGCAAAUCACCGGAUUGCUGAGGCGCUGCAUUAGCAAUCAUUUAGUGCCGUAUCCACAGGAGUUACUGCGCUCCAGCUGGAGCACUUCGGCCUGCUACCUCGGCGGUCGUCCCUACUUCUCCACCAGCAGCAGUGCCCGCGAUGUCCAGCGAUUGGCGGCUCCUCUGGGCGAGAAGUCACCGAGUCUACUCUUUGCCGGGGAUGCUACCGAUCUUAAGGGAUUCGGAACCAUCGAUGCCGCCCGCUCCAGUGGCAUCCGGGAGGCACAACGCAUUAUUGACUUCUAUCUCAAUCGCAUGCAAUGCGGUUAACUGCAAGCGAAAAUCUAAAUUGGCUGCGAAAUUGUACAAAAUAUCGGAAUAGAAACUCACUAGUCAAAAUUUAUAGUUACAAUUUGUUGUAUUUUUAAGCAGAAUACAUUUGUUUUAAUUAGGCGUAGAACGUUAACAAUAAAAGCAUUAACAACAUCAACGAUACG